GUAGAAUCCUAUUUCUGGAAAAAACCCUAAAAACAGAACAGAGACAGAGAGAAGGAGAAGAAGAAGAGAAGAGAGAGAGAGAGAAGAUCGUCGUCUUCGUCUACAACCUCUCGAUAAUCACCAAAAUCCAUGUGAAUUUUUCGAAAUUCGAACUCCAACGAAGACGACCCUGAACUCAAAAUUCGAAAUUUCGUCACCAUUUCACGAGGGGGAAAGAUAAAAAAACCUCUCCUUUUCAAUGGCGGAUUUGCUGAGAAAAGUGAAAUCGAUGAAGAAGAAGGAUAAGAGCAACACACAAGCUCUAAUCCUCGGGAAAUACGAAAUGGGUCGGCUUCUCGGCCAUGGAACCUUCGCCAAGGUCUACCUCGCGCGAAACGCGACGUCAGGAGAAAGCGUCGCGAUCAAAGUGAUCGACAAAGAGAAAGUCCUCAAAAGCGGUUUAAUCGCGCACAUCAAACGCGAGAUCUCAAUCCUCCGCCGCGUUCGCCACCCGAACAUCGUGCAGCUCUUCGAAGUCAUGGCGACGAAAUCGAAGAUCUACUUCGUGAUGGAAUACGUGAAAGGAGGAGAGCUAUUCAACAAAGUCGCGAAAGGGAGAUUAAAAGAAGAAAUCGCCCGGAAAUAUUUCCAGCAAUUGAUAUCCGCCGUCUCGUUCUGCCAUUUCCGCGGCGUUUACCACCGAGAUCUGAAGCCGGAGAAUCUUCUUUUAGACGAAAACGGAAACCUAAAAGUCUCCGAUUUCGGUUUAAGCGCCGUCUCCGAUCAGAUACGACAAGACGGGCUUUUCCACACUUUCUGUGGCACGCCUGCUUACGUGGCACCGGAGGUUCUUGCUCGGAAAGGCUACGACGGAGCUAAAGUCGAUAUCUGGUCUUGUGGAGUGAUCCUCUUCGUGUUAAUGGCUGGGUUUCUUCCUUUCCAUGAUCGGAAUGUUAUGGCCAUGUAUAAGAAGAUUUACAGAGGAGAUUUCAGGUGUCCGAGAUGGUUUCCGGUUGAGAUUAACCGGUUAUUGAUUCGAAUGCUGGAGACUAAACCGGAGAGACGGUUCACAAUGCCGGAGAUUAUGGAGACUGGUUGGUUCAAAAAAGGGUUUAAGAGCAUCAAGUUCUAUGUUGAAGAUGAUCAUAAGCUCUGUGACGUCGAUGAUGAAAUCGAAUCCGUCGAAUCGGUUUCUGAAGGGUCUUCUACGUUUUCUGAACCGGAAUUCGAGUCUUUUGAUGGUAGGAGGAGAGCAAUGACGAUGCCUAGACCGGCGAGUUUGAAUGCGUUUGAUCUCAUUUCGUUCUCUCCCGGUUUUGAUUUAUCCGGUUUGUUUGAUGAUGAUGAUGGUGAAGGCUCUAGGUUUGUCUCUGGAGCUCCGGUUAACAAGAUCAUAUCGAAACUUGAGGAGAUUGCGAAAGUUGUGAGCUUUACCGUGCGGAAGAAGGAUUGUAAAGUGAGUCUUGAAGGUUCGAGAGAAGGAAGUGUGAAAGGUCCAUUGAGAAUUGCUGCUGAGAUAUUUGAGUUGACUCCAGCUUUGGUUGUUGUUGAAGUGAAGAAGAAAGGAGGUGAUAAAAUGGAGUAUGAUGAGUUUUGUAAUAAGGAACUGAAACCGAGAUUGCUGAGCUUGAGUGCUGAUAAUGGAGAAUCAGUUUGUGCGUCGUCUCGUUCUUUGCCUACUUAUCUGCUUUCUGAUACUGAUUAGGAAGAUGAAAGAAAUGGUUUUCUUGGAUUUGUGAAGCUGCUUUAUUGGUUUAGGUUUUGGUGACUUUUUUUUAGAUCUGUGAAUCAUGAGUUUUUAACCAAUUGUGAUGUUCUUGUUCUUUGCAUGGUGUAAAUUAGGCUUUAGAGCUAAAAGAGGACUGGUGAGAUAUGAAUCUCUGAUGUAUAGAAAGGGAAAAACACAGAUUGAAAUAAACAAGUUU